AAAGUUACGGCGACUGCCACUGUCAAAAAUAUUACUAAAAUGUUUGAAUCCACAAAUAUUGACUAUCUUGAACAAGAAAAUGAUGAUCAAGUUGAUAUCUUGCCGGAUUCCGAUCAUAUUCACGUCAACUACGGAUACAUCAGUUCGUUUCUUAGGAUUAUUCUUGGACUGUGUGCAAGUUUGAUAGGAACGGGACAGAUAUCAACUUUUUUAGCCGGACGAAUUCAUCUUGUGUGCUCCAUGUUCACAACAUUUUUCUACAGCGCAUGCUUCCAACCAUUCUUAAUGCACUGGAUAUGGAGCCAAAAAGGCUGGAUGAAGAAAGCGAUCUUCUUGGAAACUGGUGUGUCGGUACAAGAUUUUGGAGGAAAUCUAGUUGUACAUUUAUCAAGUAGUCUGAUAGGAACUAUAGGUAUACUGAUAGUGAGUUUUCUACAUCUGAUGAUAUUUCGAAAAAUAUACAACUACUGGACAAUUGUGAGAUGCUUUCAAGGUGGUCUGGCUGGAACAAUAGCCGUGGCAGCUGCAGUUGAACUUUAUUCCCAUCUUGAGAGCAUAGCUGUAGCAGCAGUAGUGUCUGUACUGUUUUUCUUCGUUUCUAUACUUAUUCACAACAGCGCCUUAGAAGACAACUCGAAUUUAAUAGCAUCUCACCUAAUUGGCUCGUUUAUAGCUAGCUUCAUGUGUCCUAUAGUAGCACAUCGAGCUAAUUUCAACUCUAACAAGAAAAUUCAUAUUCUAUGGCAAUUUAUUUGCAUUUGUGUGGUGCUAGCUGUAACCGCUGUUUUUGCUUGGUUGAUUUUUUUAAUAUUCGCCCUUUCUAAACUUCUAAGAAAUAAAGAAGAAGUUUUGAAUCAUAGAAGAGCUACAAUACUCCAAAAGUUUCUACCCAAAAAAGGAGCUAUGGAACGAUUGUUUAUGAUUGAUAGUAAAACAGAUCAUAUCGUCCCUGGAGAAUCAAGUAGACGACAGUACGUAUUUGAUAAGACUACAAAUACAGAUAAUAUUAAAGUUUCUGUUUCCGUAUAAGAUUUUACAUUUUUUUGUACAAUGGUUUUAUCUAAUUAAAGUAUUACCUUGU